UCGUGGAGGAGCCUGCUGCUGUUUCAUUUUCGUCAUGGCUGCUGUUCAAACUGAGCUUUCACUGUGCUCGCAACCAUGGCACAGGCCCCUGUACAUCUAUGGGGGGUUGGCAUGCAACUCACUGAUGGCUGACUUCCUGUCAGACAGAACUCCUCUCCAUGAAGCCGCCUACCAGGGCAGACUGCUACAUCUGAGAAGUCUCCUCGCUCAGGGCUUCCAUGUAGACACACCCACCAUGGACAGAGUCUCUCCUCUUCAUGAAGCUUGCCUUGGUGGCCACUACGCUUGUGCCAAGUUCCUGCUGGACAACGGUGCAAAUGUGGAGGCAGUAUCAACAGAUGGCGCCACACCUCUCUUCAACUCCUGCAGCAGCGGGAGUGCUGCAUGUGCCAGGCUCAUCUUGCAGCACGGUGCCUCCAUCCACACCCCCUACCAGCGGGCAUCACCCACCCAUGAAGCCGCUAAGAAAGGUCACAGAGAAUGUCUGGAGCUGCUGCUGUCAUACGGAGCUCAUAUCGACAUGGAGCUGCCAGUGGUUGGGACGCCGCUGUAUUCUGCCUGCAUGGCCCAGGCUGCAGCCUGCGUAGACCUGCUGCUACACUCAGGAGCAGAUGUCCGACUAGGGUGUGGGCAGGACAGUCCGUUACAUGCUGCAGUUCGAGGUGGAGGAGCAAAUGUAGUGGAUCUUCUGCUGGACUUUGGAGCCGAUGGAUUUUUUAGAAACGCAGAGGGAAAGACUGCACUGGAUCUGUCGUCACCUAACAGUGCAGUGAGAAUUACACUGCAGAGAAGAGGUCCCUGCUCUCUGUCUCAGCUCUGUCGGUUCUGCAUUCGCCGAAGUCUGGGAAGGAGUCGUCUCCACAGAGCCUCCAGCCUCUUCCUUCCUCACAGUAUCAAAGACUUCCUCCUCUACCAAUGAGAUGUCUCUGCCUGUGGCUCUUCGUGUGCCACGUAUGCUGAGUUGUCCUUCACAUUUGUGCCUUGUCACUGACUAACAAGUGAAAAAAAGACAUCCACAUUUAGACAAUAGGACUACGUUUUGUCAGUCAUCUGUAUUUUCUAAUACAGUUGUUUGUAAUAAUAUAUUAAUGAUAUAAAAAGCGUGGAAAGUUUCAUUCAUAUUGCAGUGACUAUA